GCCUUGUCGGCACUGUGUGCCAGGGAAACUGGCAGGGAGCCGCUUUCACUGGUUCACGAUGUCCUGACUGGUUGAAAGCUGAAACUACAUGUCCCUGGCUGACUUCUAAUCCUCUCCCCAGGCUGUGUUUGGGGCUAAAGCUCUGGGUCAAAAUCCUUUCUUCAGCCUCUGCGUGAACUUCUCAGGAGCCUUCAGGUCUGCCCUGCUGCUGAAGAGGAACACAGAUACCUUGGAUUUUAAAUCAAGGCAGGAGGCAACAGAAGACAUGAGGUUAUGGCGGAGAGGCCUGGUCCUCCAGGCUCUGAGGAGUUCCUGGGGAGUCUGCAGGAUUCACAGGCAGCCACCACCCCACCUGUCCCUGAGGUUGUGGCCACCUGGGAAGCCAUCAGCCUGGGGAGGCAGCCAGUGCCUGAGUACUUCAACUUUGCCCACGAUGUGCUGGAUGAGUGGAGUCGGCUGGAAAAGGCAGGGAACCGGCCACCAAAUCCUGCGUUCUGGUGGGUGAAUGGCUCAGGAGCAGAAGUCAAGUGGACCUUUGAGGAGCUGGGGAAGCAGUCCAGGAAGGCAGCAAAUGUCUUAGAGGGUGUGUGUGGCCUGAAGCCUGGAGACAGAAUGAUGCUGGUGCUUCCACGACUCCCAGAUUGGUGGCUGAGCAGCGUGGCUUGUAUGCGAACAGGUGUGGUCAUGAUUCCAGGUGUCUCCCAGCUGACAGCAAAGGAUCUCAGGUACCGGCUGCAGGCAGCCAGGGCCAAGUCCAUCAUCACCAGCGACGCCCUCGCUCCUCAAGUGGAUGCCAUCAGUGCUGACUGCCCCUCCCUCCAAACCAAGCUUCUGGUGUCCGACACCAGUCGUCCGGGCUGGAUCAAUUUCCGGGAACUCCUUCGAGAGGCAUCUACAGAGCACAACUGUGUGAGAACCAAGAGCCGAGAUCCUGUGGCCAUCUACUUCACCAGUGGAACCACAGGGGCCCCCAAGAUGGUGGAACAUUCCCAGUGCAGCUAUGGAUUGGGUUUUGUGGCCAGUGGAAGGAGGUGGAUGGCCUUGACUGAAUCUGACAUCUUCUGGAACACAACUGACACUGGUUGGGUGAAGGCAGCCUGGACUCUCUUCUCUGCCUGGUCCAAUGGAGCUUGCAUUUUUGUGCAUGAGCUGCCCCGAGCUGAUGCCAAAACUAUCCUAAAUACUCUCUGCAAGUUCCCAAUAACUACCUUGUGCUGUGUCCCAACCCUCUUCCGGCUGCUUGUACAGGAGGAUCUGACAAGGUACAAGUUUCAAAGCCUGAGACACUGUUUGACUGGUGGAGAGGCCCUCAACCCUGAUGUGAGGGACAAGUGGAAGAGCCAGACAGGCCUGGAGCUCCAUGAAGGCUACGGACAAUCUGAAACAGUCCUCAUCUGCGGCAAUUCAAGAGACUCGAUAAUCAAGUCUGGAUCUAUGGGGAAAGCAAGCCCACCUUACGAUGUGCAGAUUGUAGAUGAGGAUGGCAAUGUCCUGCCUCCAGAAAAAGAGGGGAAUGUUGCUGUCCGCAUCAAACCCACCAGACCCUUCUGUUUCUUCAACAGUUAUCUGGACAAUCCUGAGAAGACAGCCUCAUCAGAGAAAGGAGACUUUUACAUCACUGGGGACCGAGCCCACAUGGACAAGGAUGGCUACUUUUGGUUCUUAGGGAGAAAUGACGAUGUGAUCAACUCUUCAAGCUACCGGAUCGGGCCUGUUGAGGUAGAGAGUGCCCUUGCGGAACAUCCAGCUGUCCUUGAGUGUGCUGUGGUCAGCAGCCCAGAUCCCAUUCGGGGAGAGGUGGUGAAGGCAUUUAUCGUCCUUUCUCCAGCCUACACAUCUCAUGACCCAGAAGCACUGACCCGGGAGCUCCAGGAGCAUGUGAAGAAGGUGACUGCUCCAUACAAGUACCCCAGGAAGGUGGCUUUCAUUUCCGAACUGCCAAAGACCAUUUCUGGAAAGAUCUUAAGAAGGAAAUUGAGAAAUCAAGAGUGGGGGAGAUGAGGUGCAACCAAAGAAAGAUGACGUGAUGCUCUGAAGGUCCUGAAAGGAGAAGGAAGCAGGUUGGCCAGCCCCCUCCUUGGAGCACUAUCCCUUCAAAGAAUAGGCAUCAAAGAUGGUCAGUUUCCAAAUGGGCAUUGUGGGAUGAUGCUGGUAAAGGUGAGAGCAUCCCUGAUUCAGAGCUCACCACCAAUGCCCCAUCCAUUGGUUGUAUGAAGACAAUUCUGCUGUUCCUGUUCCUGGGACAGGCAGAUCACCACAGCCUUAGGAUAUUCAUGGUCUCAUUAUGCCAGUGGGAAUAUAAAACUUGACUUUUUGGAUGAAGGCCUUUGGUAAAUGACCCUGACAAUACUCUUUCAUUUAGAAAUCACACCUUUGGGACUCACUAUAAAAGAAAUGAUUCAAAAUGCUGAAAAUAUUUGAUAUACAAAGAUACUCGGUGAAGUAUUGUUUAUAACUAAACACACACACAAAUGCCAAAACAAUAGGAGAAAUAAUUAAAUCAAUUAACACUAGACUGGCCAA